CAAACCAUUUUUCUUAAAUCAAUCAAAACCCCAGUUCAGCUCCUCUGCUACUUUCCCAAAUUCAAACAAAUUUUCAUUUCCUUACCAAAAUGCACACUUCCAUCAAUACUCCUUUUCUCCUCCCCCUCCUCUUCUUCACCUUCAUUUCCCCGCUUUCUUCUUCCCUACCACAACAACACCAGCAUUCCCAUUUCAUCAAACACACCCUUUCCCCUACUCCACCUCCACAUCCAUACAUAGAAAUAACCCGCCCAUUAACCUUCACUACUCCAUCUUGCACACUUCCCCUAUUCACCCACAACUUCGCUAACACAUAUAACCUUCCACCAGUCUCCGUCCCUUACUCCCCUCCUCCCCUCAAUUGCUCGUGGACACAUGUGGUUCUCCAUUUCAACGCCUCCUGUAAAGGCGAGCAGUACGACCGUAUCGCUGCUGUUUGGCUUGACGGCGCUGAGAUACUCCGUACUAGCACUGCUGAGCCUACCGAUGACGGGAUUUUCUGGACAGUUGAAAAAGACAUUACGAAGUACACUUCUAUUCUUGUUAAGGAGAAUAUUACUCUGUCUGUUAUGCUGGAAAAUAUUGUUAACGAUGUUUUUACUGGGGUUUAUCAUGUGAAUGUUAUUUUUUUAUACUAUGAUGUUAAGAAUGUUACUGGGAUUGAAUUGGGUAGUAACGUUGAUAAUCCGAUUUCAAUGGAUGUGAGUGAACUGGGAAGUUUGGAUGAGAGACCUGCGGAUUUGAUAUUGCCAGUAUCAGCAAAUGGAGAUAAUGGAUUUUGGUUUCGAAUUAAGAGUGAAUCGGGGUUGUAUGGGCAGAGAGUUGUGAUUCCUAGGAAUGCUUACAAAGCUGUGAUGGAGAUUUAUGUGUCGUUUCAUGGGAAUGAUGAGUUUUGGUACUCAAAUCCGUCGGAUUCAUAUAUAGAGAUGAAUAAUUUGACCACGAAGAGAGGACAUGGAGCGUAUAGGGAAGUUUUGUUAAAGAUAGAUGGUAUUUUGGUGGGAUCUUUCGUACCAUUUCCGGUUGUUUUCACAGGAGGAAUCAAUCCUUUGUUCUGGGAACCAGUGGUUUCAAUUGGUGCCUUUGAUCUUCCUUCUUAUGAUAUUGAUUUAACGCCGUUUUUGGGGGUUCUGCUUGAUGAUAAAGCUCACUUUUUGAGUCUUGGAGUGGCGGAUAGUAUACCAUUUUGGUUAGUGGAUGGGAAUUUGCAUCUAUGGGUAGAUGACAAUUGCGCAUUGCCAUGUGAAGUUCAGGCUAAAGUUCUUGAUUAUGGUACGCCUAAGUUUAAUAUUGAACGAUCCUCGAGCUUUCGAGGACUUGAUGGGUCAUUUGAGAUUGAGAUGAAGAGGAAGAGCGAGGUUUCGGGGUGGGUGAAUUCAACUUCAGGAAACUUAACUACAAUGGUUUCCAGAGAAGUGAAAUAUAAGAAUAAGAUUAAGUUCUAUCUUAAUGGCACUGAAAAAAGGGUAAGACAGAAUGUGAGAGAAGAGACUAUAGUAAGUGUACUGUCUGAUACAGGUAGCACGAUUUCUCGGACAACUAUGAAGAAGAUGUAUCCACUUAGUAUGACCACUAAGAAUUUGCCUUCAUCGGAGAAUGGUAGUUACUUGAUGCUUACUGAUUUAGACCAUGAAUGGAGGGAAAAGAAGUCCAUUGGGGGUUCAUCAAUCUCCUUGACAAAUCAUCAGAAAUGCAGCGGGUGGAUGGUCGUUCAAGAUCACGAUGUUCUAUCUGGUGGAGCCACCACUGAACAAACUUAUUCUUAUAGGGAUGAAGUUGGUUGCUACUCUCGGAUUGUUUCAGCUGCCAAUGGAACGCUUAUGAAUGACAUGGCAAGUAGUCUUUGUGCAGCUUCCUUAUAGUUUCCAUCGUAUGGUUCAGUUUCAGCUUUGUGAAUUAUGACUCCGUUUGAGGAGUCCUUUUUAUUAGUUAUAAACUAUGUUGCUCAGACUCAUAAAAAAUGUUGACGGUUGCGUGUCGGAUACUCCAAAAAUAGUGCAUUUUUGAAGAAUCCAACACGGGUGCGGCAACAUUUUGAAGAGUUUGAGCAACAUAGGUUAUAAAUGCUCCAUUCCCACGAUUAUUUCUUUCCCUGUGACCAGAUUGCAGUGUAUAGGAUCAGUUGAUUUGAUCCCCUAAUUCUUGUAUGAAAGUUUUUAGUGUUCAAUAAGAAUGUGAACUUCCAGAAAUGAAACUUACAUUGAUUUUUUGCUGA